AUGGGCGAGGCGCUUGGACGAUCGCAUGAGAUAGCGCUUACGCAGGGUGAGCUCGACGAAGCGCGCCUCUCACAUCAAGACAGCUGGGUGACAUUCCAGACGUUCGAGAAAGCCCGCCGCGCGCCGGGUGACGUCGACGCUGACCUGCUGCUCGUCCACGGCUACGGGGAUUACGGGGGGAAGUGGGUGGCGAAUGCGGCGGAGUUCGUGCGGCGCGGUUAUCGCGUUGUGGCGCUUGAUUUGCCAGGCCAUGGGAGGUCGUCCGGUCUGCAUGUCUUUGUGCCGUCGUGCAAUAUCCUCACGCGCGCACUAGCGUCGGUCGUAGAGGACAUCUAUCCUCCCAAUAAGCAACUCUUUCUGAUGGGCCAUUCUCUUGGUGGCUUUCUCGCUAUCAAUUACGCUUUGCAGUACCCACCGGCGCAGAAGGGGGGAAAAAGCGAAAGUGACUCGCACUCACACUCACACUCACUUUUGACCCCCCAGCGACCGCAUUUGGCUGGCGUCUACGCGCUGUCGCCGAUGCUUGGCAUAUCGCCCGAGACGCGUCCACCGUGGGUGGUGGAGACGGUAGCGCGCAUGCUCGCAUCACUUAUUGGCCACGUCCCGCUGAUUCGUUCAGACGGCUCAUUGAAGACGGAGGAUGCGCGCGUAAUAGCGGAGACGCUGUCGGAUAUACGUGUCUACCAGGGAGCGCUGCGUAUCGGUACGGGACUGGCACUACUGAGUGGCGUCGAGAGCAUCAAUAGGGACGUAUCCAAGCUGAAUACACCACUGCGCAUCUGCCACGGUGAUGCGGAUCGUGUCACCUUGUGCGACGCUAGCAGACAAUUUGUUGCACGGGCGGAUAACACUCGCGGUGAUAAGUCUCUCAGAAUUAUGCAUGAUGUCAAUCACGUCAUGCUGGCUGAUAGACCCACCCCUCUGAGCAGAGAGGUGGUUAACGAUGCUAUUGCGUGGAUGGAUCAGUAUUGUGGGCGUGUGUAG